AUGGAGUCACUUACCGAGCCCGUCAAGCACGCCGCCGUCGACGCCGAGCAGGGCGAGGAGCAGCCGGCGGCCAAGCGCGCACGGACGACCGAUGCGCGGGACUCACAGCACGGCGUUGCGCCGGUGAAGGCUGAGUUCAUCGUACACCGCAAGCCGUCCUCCGCGCCCGCGUCCGCCGCCACCGACGACGCGGCGGAGUCCUCGCACCGUGUCGACAGCGAGGUCGGAGAGAAGAAGAACCGCAAGCGGGGCCAGAACAAGGCGCGACAGUUCCACUUCGCCAACGACGACGUCAAGCUCUGCCAAUCCCUCACGCACAUCCCGCGCGAAAGCGCGUUCGAGGCUGCACCGUGCGAGUAUGCAGUCAAUGCUGCCAGGGAGGGGAAGAGUAUCAACAAUAAAUGGCAGAGAGGAGGGAGAGGCGGAAGGAGGGGCGGCAGGGGUGGGAGAGAUCGGAACGACGAGAGGGAGCAGGCGGAACCGGAGGCUGCGGUGGAGGCUACGGCGGAGGAGGCGAAAGCGCCUGCCGCUAAUCCAAAGUGUGCUUUUGCCCACAACCUCCGUGAGUACCUGCAACACAAGGCGAAGGAUAUCGAUGGCGUCUGUCCGCUGUUUGAGGAGCGCGGCUACUGUGCGACCGGUUGGAAGUGUAGAUGGCUGGGUUCGCAUACCAAGGAGGUGGAUGGCGAGCUAUUCCUUGUGGUGGACCAGGACAAGAAGAAGGCGUCAGAGGAGAGGGCUACCAAGCUGAGGGAAGAAAAUAUCAAGAACAGCAAGGCUACCAUUGGCGAAGCGCCUACACAGGAAUGGGAGAAAGACCUUGGGGAGUGCGGAUUCGAUGAUCCCUACGGUGAGGUUGUCAACAACGUGCCCGUAGGACUAAAGAUUGCCAUCAGGAAGAGCCAAUUCCCUCUGAAGAAGAGUAUGGUCUUCAACGAGUGGGUGAAGAAAGAGCAGCAGGAACAGAAAGCGGAUGACAGGGCCGGAUAUGUGGAUCCUCCACCGAAGCCGGAGGAGAAGCGGAAACUCUACAUCGGAAGGGAGACCCCCAUACUAGCUCCUUUGACCACAACCGGCAACAUGCCCUUCCGUCGCCUGUGUGUUGGCCUUGGAGCCGGAUUGACCUACUCGGAGAUGGCCAUGUCCUCGUCCAUCCUCCAGGGCCACAAGCCGGAAUGGGCAUUGAUGCGUGCCCACGUCUCCGAGCUCCCUAACUUCGGAGCCCAGAUCUGUGCCAACAAAGUCGAUCAGGCUAUCCGAACGACAGAGGCCAUCACCAAGCUCUUCCCGACGGCUGCCUCGGGCCGCCAUGGCCUUGCGUUCGUCGACUUGAACUGCGGUUGCCCCAUCGAUCUCAUCUACCAAGCCGGAGGAGGCAGUGCGCUCUUGGACCAACAGAACAAGCUCAUCAAGAUGCUCAAGGGUAUGAACUACGUUUCGGGCGAAACGCCCAUCACCGUCAAGAUCCGCAUGGGAACCAGGGAUAGCCACCCCACCGCCCAGAAGCUCAUUAACAAGGUGAUCGAUCACGGAGACGUCCAGUCCAUCACUCUGCACGGCAGAAGUAGGCAGCAGAGAUACACAAGGAGCGCGAACUGGGAGUACAUCGCUGAGACCUCGGCCCUGAUCAAGUCGGUCAAGGCCCAGAUGGAUGCGAACGCCGACACCGCCGCCGAUAAAGAACGAGCAGAGAAGCCCAAUGUUUACUUUGUUGGCAACGGCGACUGCUACUCGCAUAUCGACUACUACAAUGCUGUCGACAAUUCCGGGGUAGACAGCGUCAUGCUCGCCCGAGGUGCUCUCAUCAAACCGUGGAUCUUUGAAGAGAUCCAGACGGGUCAGUACCUGGAUAAAUCUGCAACGGAGCGUAUGGACCUCGUGCGGGAUUACUGCAAGUACGGACUGGAGGUUUGGGGUGCGGAUGAGUUGGGUGUGGCCACGACCCGGCGGUUCUUGCUGGAGUGGCUUAGCUUUACAUGCCGAUAUGUUCCUAUCGGUAUUCUGGAGAGGCUUCCGCCCAAAAUCAACGACAGACCGCCAUUCUGGAAGGGUAGAAAUGAGUUGGAGACUCUGCUUGGCAGCAGUGACUACAGAGACUGGAUUAAGAUUAGCGAGAUGUUCCUCGGCCCGUGCCCUAAGGACUUUUUCUUCACCCCGAAACACAAGAGCAGUAGUCACGACAACGAGGCUGAGGGUUAA